CAUUUCUAUUCAAACCAGAUAUAGAGCUAUCAAGUCUCGAAAUAUUUCCCAAAAAUACUAUUUUUCUUGAUGAUUAGAUUUUUAAUUUACUGUGAGUGUAGUAGUAACUCAAAAUAUCUUUUCUUCCACCUGGUAUGGUGGAUGCUAUAAUUCAAACUCUAAGAAAAUCAAAAUUAGGGCAAUAAGCGGAUGCCUUAUGAAAGCCGAAAUAUUAAAAUAUUGUAUUAAAUAUAUUUGAAUAACUUGUUGCUUCAAAAUACUGUACAUUAUCUUAGAAAAUACCUUCAAACCAAUUCUGAGUUUAAACUUCUAAAUUAAGGUCCUACUUUAUCAAUUUAUAGCCUUCAUAAUUUACAGAAUGAAAAAUAGCUGGCAAUAAACUCAUUUCUAUUAGGGGUGUCACAUUCAUGCAAUAAAUUGCCUUGAGGAAGAUCCUUACAUGGCUUUAUAGGCUAGUUUAGUUCUCUAGAAAUCAUUUCGAGUCAGCCUAUGUAUGAAUUCACAAUUCUUAUGACCAGUAAUUAGGAUUUGAACUUUAAUUCGCAUACAUAGAUGCCAAAGGAGCUACUCCUUUAGAAAUAUUUUCCUAAGAUGCUUAUUUGUUACUAUGUAAGAUAUUCAGCCUUCUUUUUAAGUGAGCGGCAACUUUGUUUUCAAAACAUAAUCUUUUAAGCAAAUAUAAACAUGCAGCAAUAUAAAUUAGCUUGCCAUUAGACUUGGCGAGAAAGGGCCUAAAAUUGCAAAAUAGAAUCUUUUGGUCUGCUUUAAAAUAUAAUUUAUCCAAAGCUAAAGCCUCUGUUAGGAAGAACAAUCUGUCUGAUAGCAAAAGCUUUUCUAGAAGCAGUUAAAAAUUUAAAUCGGUAAAAUAUGAAUUUACCUAACCGCUAUAAAUUAAAUACAUCUGUUUGGUGCUGUGAUAAAGAUGAUUAAGUUAAAGAAUGCUGUUCGUCAGAUAAAGCUUCAGACCAAUCUUAUCAUUAGUACGAUGAAGUCUGACUUCAAUCAUUUUCAAUUGGAUAUUUUCUUAGUUCAUACAGCUGAUGUGACUUCUCCAAAAACUGUGCUUAUUUUUAGCAAACCUGCAAGACUCAUUAUUAUUAGAGUCAUUAAGCUAAAUACAAACAUGAUUUUGUAACAAUUUGAGAGGAAAAUAUAGUUAAAACUGUUCAUAGCUUCUCAUUUAGAAAUGACAUAAAUAUCUGAGCUUAAAUAGUGAACUUUAUUAAUAUUAGUAAAUUAAAAAUUAGACUAUCAGAACCAUAUCAACCCUAUUAAAGCUUGUUUACAUAAUCCUUAGAUUUCAUGACAAAGAAAUUUGACUUUUAAUCAUCAAUAUGUGAUUACUCGAGAUGAAUUUACUUUGCUUAGAAACUUUUAAAAUUAGAAAGGCUUUUAAAUAUUUUACAUACCUGAAUACUUGUUGGUUGUACUACUCCACGGCAUUUUAACUAACUAGAAUAGGCCUUUGACCAUCAGUUCAACAGCAAUUCCAACAAAACUAAAAGUAGUAGAUUUGAGUAUCUAAAUAAAGAAAACCAACGCAUGGAGAAAUACAGCCAGAGUUCAAGAGUUGAGCCUACCAAAGGAGCACUAGUAGACAAUACAGCCUUUAAAAAUAAUCCAAACUACAAUGAAAUGUCACAGCCUGAUAACAAAAAUAAUUCAAAAGUGUUCAACAGAGAAGAUCUUGUUAAGGCGGGUUCGUUUGCUUCGGUAGACUCAGACUUUUUCAAGAGCCUAGAUGAUUAUAAAUCAGAUUUGCUAUUCAAUCAGACAGAAUCCAUUCUAUCAAAGCCUCCAAAUAUCUACAGACAGACACUUGAUGUUGACAAUCUGAUAAGCGUCUGCUCUAAAAAGCUAAAAGAAGACUAUACUCAUAAAUAAAGCAUUGUUCAUCAGAGCUUCCUCUCUUCUGAAAAAGAACCAAGUGGAAGAUGCCAUUAAUGACUGAAACACUCUUAUCGAGCUUGACCCAGAGAAUGCAGGAGCAUUUUAUAUCCGUGGGUGUUGCUACCAGAAAAACAAUGAUCUUGAAGAAGCAAUUGAAGAUUACACCACAGUUUUGGAAAUAGACCCAAAUCACAUCAAUGCAGCUUAUGCAAGAGGAGCUUGAGAGAAUAAAAGAGGGAAUUUUGAUAAAGCGAUUGAAGACUAUCAUAUGGCCCUUGAAAAGGACCAAGAAAGGCCAACCAGUCCAAAACAAAGAGCUAGCCUUCAGAAUAAAAUGGGCAUUGAGGGAUUUACUUCAACUAUAAAUUCCCAAUCUGACAGAAAUUAUUCCACUCAAGAUCAAGUUCAAUCUAAUUAAAACACAAUCGAUAUAUUCAGAGAGCACAGUAAACC